AGAGAGUGACAGAGAGCGGUAGUAACUAGACAGACAGAGAAACAGAGAGAAUAACUUGAGUCAGAGAAGUAAAGGGAAACUGGAGAGAGACAGAAAAUAGUAACCAGAGAGAAACGCAAUAGGGUAGCAGCAUCCAGAGAGAGACAUGAGAGAGUGAGGCAGAGUGGGUUGAGGUGAGAGGGCGAAUGGUAGAGCAAGAACGUGAAAGCUGAACAGUCCUCGGGUUAAUAUGACACAGUCAAUAGUUGUACAAGUUGGACAGUGUGGUAAUCAGGUUGGUUGCAGGUUUUGGGAUUUGGCUUUGCGGGAACAUGCAAGUGUGAAUAAGAAAGGUAUCUAUGAUGAAGCACUCGGCAGCUUCUUUAGAAAUGUGGAUACAAGGUAUAGUGAUGGGGAUUGUAUGGAUCUUCCAAAAGGAAAAAUUCGAUCUCUCAAAGCUCGGGCUGUACUCAUCGAUAUGGAAGAAGGUGUUGUUAAUGAGCUACUACAGGGUCCUCUGAGAGAUGUGUUUGACAGUAAACAACUAAUUACAGAUGUAUCUGGGUCUGGCAACAACUGGGCAGUGGGAUAUAAAAGUUAUGGAUUUCAGUACCGGGAACAAAUUCUGGAAAACCUUCGGAGAGCAGCUGAGCACUGUGACUGUCUGCAGUGUUUUUUCCUAAUACACUCAAUGGGUGGAGGGACUGGAUCUGGUCUGGGUACCUAUGUGUUGAACCUGAUGGAGGAUGAAUUCCCAGAUGUCUAUAGGUUUGUUACAUCUGUCUACCCCUCAGCUGAAGAUGAUGUUAUCACCUCUCCUUAUAACAGUAUUCUUGCCAUGAGAGAGCUGACUGAACAUGCAGACUGUGUUCUGCCCAUUGAAAACCAGUCUUUGGUUGAUAUUGUCAACAAAAUCAAUCAAAUGACAAAUUCUGGUAAAUUAGGAGCUGCAAUAAAACCAUAUACGCUGAUCUCUGGUCAAAAGGAAGCCAAAGGACAAGAAAAGCCAUUUGAUGCUAUGAAUAACAUUGUAGCUAACUUACUGCUCAAUUUAACAAGUUCAGCCAGGUUUGAAGGAUCCCUCAACAUGGAUCUUAAUGAGAUCUCCAUGAACUUAGUUCCAUUUCCACAGCUCCAUUACCUUGUUCCUAGUCUAACUCCUUUGUACACCCUGGCUGAUGUAAACAUCCCUACAAGAAGGCUGGAUCAGAUGUUCUCUGAUGCUUUUAGCAAGGAUCAUCAAUUGAUGCAUGCAGAUCCGAAACGUAACCUGUACCUUGCCUGUGCACUGAUGGUCCGGGGGAAUGUCCAGAUUUCUGAUCUCAGAAGAAACAUUGAGAGGCUGAAACCCACUCUCCAGUUUGUCUCUUGGAACCAGGAAGGUUGGAAAACAAGCCUCUGUUCAGUACCUCCAGUGGGCCACACUCACUCCUUACUCGCACUUGCCAAUAAUACGUGUGUUAAAUCUACCUUCCAAGAUCUAAAGGAUCGAUUUGUCAAGCUUUACAAGAAAAAGGCUCACCUCCACCAUUACCUUCAUGUGGAUGGAAUGGAGCAGAGUUGUUUCACAGAAGCUAUCACAUCUUUGUCAUCUCUGAUAGAGGAGUACAACCGUUUGGAUGCUACUAAAGGAUUGCCGGUUUCAGAUGCAACCCGCCUUUCCAUUGCAAUGUAAAAAGUUGUAAUAAUUCUUUCAUUUAGUAUGGAGCAUUAUCAUGUCAUUAAGAUAUCUCAAAGCAUUUCACUUACAAAGUGGAGUGACUGUGUAUUUUGUGAGUUAAAGACUGUAUAAUGCGGUGAAAGCAAAACGUUUAAUUUUUGUAUUACUAUUAUCUCACAUUACCAUAGUCUUAUAUUGGGACACUGCUGUGCGCAAUUGGAUGCCAAGUUUCGCCCACAAACAGUCCAUUCACUUUGCAGUAUAUUCUGUGGAGCUCUUUGAGACGUCUCAAUGACGUGAUAAGGCGCUGUAUCAAAUGAAAGGAUUAGAAGAAUUAUAAUUGUUAGAUUACUAUUAACUUAUUACUAGUUAAUUUUUGCCAGCCAGGAAAAUGGGGAAGAUGUGUACUUGCAAUGGAUUAAUAUACACAAGAUAUGUCCCAGUUAUCAAAUAGGUAGCAUUCUGAAUUGAUAUGAUUUCAAUGUCUUGCAUAGGAUUUUAGUGGCACUUCAGGGUAUGAAACAUUUGGAUAACCAUUAGUUAGGCUCUUCUAAAUCCCUUAGUGGUAGUCCUAUGAAAUUGAAGCACUAUUUGGUUACAAACAAGUGGUUGGUUUUAAUCUCUCUUUAAUUUUGUUUACAUGUUCGUUCAUAUCAACAACAAAAUAUUAGUGAUUUUUAUGUUCCUUUUUUUGAAAAAUAAGUUCUCUAAAGGCUUUGUCAGCUUCACAUUAGAUGGUCACAGGCAGGUUGGGUACAGUAAAUUAUGUAAGAGAGUUCCUGGGUCUGAAAAGAAAAAAAACAAGCAGGGUUCUCAUUAUUACUAUCUAGUGUCUCCUACUACAGUUUGAGGAAAGUAUUAUGCUUGGCUGUGAUGCCUCUCCCUUUCACAGACUUACUGUACUCACCCUGUAGGCUCACACAUAGGAGAGGUGCCAAAGGGCUUGAGGAACUGUACUUAGUGGGUCAGUGUCUUUGAAAGAGGAAGGGAAUGUUUUGUGUUAAACAACAUGUGAAAUACCAAAGAUAAAUUUAUUCCACAACUUGGAAAUACUGUAUUAAUUUAUAUAUUUGUAUAAAUACUGAUUCUUAAAUACUUAUUGAAUGUAAUUUAGAUAUGCACAUCAUAAAAUUAUUU